AUGCCUGAUCAAGGAGACCUAGUGAUCGUCAACGUUGACGGUGGAGAUGCCAGAAAGAGCAUUCUUUACGCUAAGGGACCUGCUGGGUUCUUCCCAUCUUCGCCGGGGUUUAGGUUGAGAGAGCACCAAUCUAUGACCACCACGACCAUCAAUUAUGUUACAGGUUCGCAAAGUGUGGUUAAGGGUUCGUCACACUCUAUGCUAAGGAAGAUGCAUGGGCUAAUGAACAUGUUUGGCUGGGAAAUACUAAUCAUCAUCGGUGCCAUAGUGGCACGACAUAUGGAGCAAACCACCGCCUACUUUUAUGGCUACCUUUUGUUAUAUUCUCACAUCGCUAUCCAGAUGACCGGCUUUCUCCUAGGUUCAAUUGGCAUCAUUUGCGGUUUGUUUCUCGAGAACCAAACCAACGCCAAUAAUGUUUCCACGCACAAAGCCCUUGGGAUAACAAUACUCGUCAUGGGCUUUCUCCAGGUCCUAGCCUUGUUUGCUCGACCGGACAAAGAAUCCAAAUACAGGAAAUACUGGAACUGGUAUCAUCACAACAUAGGAAGAGUUAUGAUAAUACUCACUAUUUCGAACAUCUUCUAUGGUAUUCAUCUGGGUAAAGCUGGCACUUCCUGGAACGUCGGUUACGGUUCUGCGAUUGGUGUCUUGGCUUUGGCUGCUAUUGGAUUAGAAGUUAGAAACUUCUUGAAAAACACAAAAUGUUUUGAUUUUCCAGCAUGA